AUGAGUAACAAAAGAGGUACAAUAACAUGGCCUGUUGAAUCCUUUGUACGACAUAUCGCACUUCGCGUUUGUACAAGUACAGAAUUAUUCAGUAUUCUUCAACAUGUAUCUCAUUUACGAACAUUUGAAACAGCAUAUUUGGUGAUGAUGGACAUCAAUAAAAACGAAUUAGUACGACAUUUGCACUUAUCAUCACUUAGAAUUCAAAUCACAAGGUCCGUUUCAUUUGAAAGCAUCAAAUUAAUUCUUGAACACACACCAUCAUUAGUCCAUUUAAAAAUAAUAGUCACUAUAUUCGACGAAAAUAGUAAUUUAACUUUCAAAUCACUUUCCAAUGGAUCUGUAUGGGAAAAAUUUAUUGAAGAGAAUCUUCGUCUUUUAGAUAAAUUCGAAUUUUUAUUCGAAACAAAUUUUUGUGAUGAAAAUCCGCCUUUAAUCGAAACACUAAUUGAACCAUUUCAAACACCAUUUUGGCUACAACACAAGCAUUGGCUUGUGCACUGUGACUGCGCUCCCUCUAAGGAAUCAACUGAUUCAAAUACUCAACAUGAUCAUAUACCUGUGAUUGCUUGUAACACAGAUCUUGUAUUUAAAGCUGCUGUAGAUUUACCACGUUUUGGUCGGGGUGCUUUUCUUACAUGUUUAGAAAGAUUAUAUAAAAGCAUCAGUGGAAAUGAUCUUAAAUAUACAGCAUUUGUUGGUAAAACAUAUUCAAUUCAAUAUCAAUAUGCUGAAAUGAUAGCUAAUAAAAUAGCAUUAGUGAAUGAUCAACCACAAAUUGAAAAAGUUUAUUUCAUUGGUGAUAAUCCAGAUGGUCAUAUUGUUGGUGCAAAUAUGUAUGAUCAUGUAUUAAAACAAUCUAUGAACUUGAGGACAGGCAUUCGCGGUUACAGUUUACUAUCUGAUUCGCAGUUUUUAAGUGCAGCAGCAUGUGAGUCAAUUUUAGUAUGUUCAGGUGUUUAUGAACCAAAUAAACAGAAGCUGGAUGGUAAAAAACCAAGGAAAUUACCAAUAACAAUUCAACUUGAUGUUUUUGAAGCUGUUAAAUACAUUCUUUUUAAGGAAACAUGUCCAUGGAUUGCUAGCUAUUAG